GUCUCAAGCAAAACGUUAUCAUUACAAAAAUGCCCUCCUGUAUUUCUGAAAUGACUCCCCUUCGCCUCAACCCCAACAUUCCUAACCGUUUUAUGUAUAUCUCAAAAACGGGUUUUUUUGUCCGUGAGCCUGGAAAGGGAAAUCAAUGGAGAAAACAAGAGAUGAUAAUGGUGAAGAGGAAGAAGAGGAAAAUAAGCCUAAGAAUGUGAGGGAACUGAGAAGGAGGGAGCUGGGGCUCUCAUGCAUGCUCAACACAGAAGUUGGGGCGGUUCUAGCGGUGAUAAGGCGUCCAUCAGAUACCAAUUCACAGUUCCUCGCCGCUCAAGAAGACAACUUCGAUUCCUCUCUACUGCAUUCCUUGAAAUCCCUGCGAGCCCUUAUCUUCAAUCCUCAGCAAGAAUGGCGAACCAUUGAUCCAUCCAUUUACCUGGCGCCUUUCCUAGACGUGGUACAAAGCGAUGAUGUCCCAGCUACAGCAACAGGGGUUGCUCUCUCCGCCAUAUUCAUGAUCCUCAAGCUUGAGAUCUUUGACGAGAAGACCCCAGGAGCUAGAGAUGCCGUCAAUUCCAUUGUCACUGGGAUCACAACUUGUCGCCUGGAGAGAACUGAUCCUAUUUCCGAAGACGCCAUCUUGAUGAAAAUCCUGCAUGUUUUGACAGAGAUUAUGAAAAAGCGAGCUUCCAUUUUGCUCACUGAUCAUGCUGUCUGCACCAUUGUUAACACAUGCUUUCAGGUGGUUCAACAGUCAGCCAUCAGAGGAGAUUUGCUGCAGCGGGGUGCUAGGCAUACAAUGCAGGAGCUCAUCCAGACUAUAUUUUCCAGGUUUCCCGAAAUCAACAAGGAUAGAGACAAGUCACUGAAUGAUUUCCAAGACGGUGACAUCAACAAUGAAAUGGAAUCCGGGUAUGGGGUUCGUAGUGCUGUUGAUAUCUUUAGCUUCUUGUGUUCCCUGCUGAACGUAGUAGAAGUUGUGGACAUGGACGGUUCCCAAGUUCAAACUGCCGAUGAAGACGUUCAGCUUUUUGCCCUGGUGUUGAUCAACUCUGCUAUACAAUUAAGCGGGGAUGAGAUUGGGAAGCAGCCAAAGCUUUUGAGAAUGAUAGAAGAUGACCUAUUUCACCAUUUAAUCCACUACGGAAUGUGCUCUAGCCCACUGGUUCUGUCCAUGAUUUGCAGUACUGUAUUAAAUAUUUACAACUUUCUUCGCAGGUUCAUUCGUCUUCAACUUGAAGCUUUCUUCACAUUUGUGUCGUUUAGAGUGGCUGUCCAAGCAAGCAGCUCACUCCAACUCAAAGAAGUUGCGCUUGAAGCAGUAAUAAAUUUUUGCAGGCAGCCAACAUUCAUAUUUGAAGCAUAUGCAAAUUAUGACUGCCAUAUUAUUUUCCGGGAUGUGUUUGAAGAGAUAGGGAGGUUGCUGUGCAAGCAUGCAUUUCCAACAGGGAGUCCUUUGUCCACUUUACAGAUCCAAGCCUUUGAAGGUCUGGUAAUUAUGAUUCACAAUAUUUCUGAUCAUGUUGAUGGGGAGCAUGAUUCAAGCUCAUCUGGACCAUACCCAGUUGAGAUUACUGAGUAUAGGCCUUUCUGGGAUGAGAAUUUCAAGGCAAAUGAUUCGGAGGAUUGGGCGGACCAUGCAAGGCUAAGGAAAGCGCAGAAAAGGAAAAUAAAGAUAGCUGGGGACCAUUUUAAUCGAGAUGAAAAGAAGGGAUUGGACUACCUGAAAAUUUCCCAUUUGGUUCCUGAUCCUCCAGAUCCCAAACCCUUUGCUUACUUCUUCCGUUAUACUCCCGGAUUGGACAAGAGCAUGAUUGGAGAUUAUCUUGGCAGUCCUGAUGAGCUCAACCUCCAAGUUCUUAAAGAAUUUACAGAAACUUUUAACUUUUCUGGCAUGAUUCUGGACAAUGCUCUCCGAACUUAUCUAGAGACUUUCCGAUUGCCGGGUGAGUCCCAGAAGAUUCAGAGGAUCCUUGAGGCAUUCUCAGAGAGAUUCUAUGAUCAACAAUCCUCAGAAAUUUUUGUAAGUAAGGAUGCAGUUUUCAUUCUUUGCUAUUCCCUCAUUAUGCUCAACACUGAUCAGCACAAUCCACAAGUUAAGAAAAAAAUGACAGAAGAAGAGUUUAUCAAGAACAACAGAGCAAUCAAUGGAGGGAAGGAUCUUCCUAGAGAGUACCUUUCUGAGCUUUUCCAAUCCAUUUCAAACAAAGCAAUCUCACUUUUUGGUCAGUCUGGACAACCGGUGGAAAUGAAUCCAAGCAGAUGGAUUGAGCUGAUAAACCGAUCCAGAAACAGCGAGCCUUUCAUAAAAUGUGAUUUUGAUCAUCGGCUAGGGAGAGAUAUGUUUGCUGCCAUUGCCGGUCCUACAGUUGCAGCUCUCUCUGCAAUCUUUGAGCACUCUGACGAAGAUGAAAUCAUAAAUGAAUGCAUGCAAGGAUUGAUCUCAGUGGCUAGGAUUGCCCAGUAUGGAUUACAAGACACUCUUGAUGAGCUCCUUGCCUCAUUCUGCAAGUUCACUACACUGUUGAAUCCCUAUGCCUCUGCAGAAGAAACCUUGUAUGCCUUUAGCAAUGAUUUGAAGGCAAGAAUGGCAACUCUUGCGGUUUUCACCAUUGCUAAUAAUUUUGGGCACUCAAUCAAAGGGGGUUGGAGGAACAUUGUAGACUGCUUGUUGAAGCUCAGAAGGCUUAAAUUACUUCCCCAAUCUGUCGUGGAACCCGAAAUCGCUUCCACCUCAUCAUCUGACCUUCAAAUGCACACAAGAUCCGACUCAGGUGUGAUUUUUCCUUCUUAUGAAUCUUCAUUUGACAGCAACUGCCAGACUUCUAGCAUGAUGAGUCGGUUUUCGCACUUUCUAUCAAUGGAGACUGCAGAUGACUCUUUAACACUUGGCGGAAGUGAAUUUGAACGGAAUCUAAAAAUUAUCCAACAAUGCCGGAUUGGAAACAUCUUCAGCAAUAGUUCAAAGUUACCUGAUGAUGCAUUGCCAAAUCUUGGGCGUUCUCUUAUAUUUGCAGCUGCAGGGAAGGGCCAAAAGUUUAGCACCCCAAUUGAAGAAGAAGAGACUGUUGGAUUCUGUUGGGAUUUGCUCAUCUCCAUUGCUUUGGCCAAUGUUCACAGAUUCUCAACAUUUUGGCCGUAUUUCCAUGAUUAUCUUCUUGCAGUUGCCCAGUUUCCGCUAUUCUCUCCUGUCCCAUUUGUGGAGAAGGCCAUGCUAGGUCUUUUCAAGAUCUGUCUAAAAGUCCUUUCUUCCUACCAAUCCGAUAAACUCUUGGAGGAACUCAUAUUCAAGUCCAUAAAUUUGAUGUGGAAGCUUGAUAAAGAAAUUCUUGAUACCUGCUGUGAGUACAUCACACAAUCAGUAAGCAAGAUUCUCAUUGAGUACCCUGCAAAUUUGCAGAGCCAACUUGGAUGGAAGUCAGUUCUCCAGUUGUUAUCAAUCACUGGCAGGCACCCUGAAACCUAUGAUCAGGCAGUUGAGACCCUGAUCAUGUUGAUGUCGGACGGGUUCCAUGUUUCAAGGUCAAAUUAUCCCUUCUGUAUUGAUUGUGCAUUUGGUUUUAUUGCACUCAAGAACAGUCCAUUGGAGAAGAACUUGAAGUUAUUGGACCUACUGGCAGAUUCUGUGAAUUUGUUGAUCCAGUGGUCCAAAAACGGCUACUCAGAUCCUGGGAAUAAUCUUAGCAUAGCAAGCAGCACAAGUAGCUCCUCAUUUGAGGAUAAUUCAAAGUUCAACCCUUCUAACUUUUCCAUGAACUUGUUUAUCAAGCUAGGUGAGGCACUAAGGAGGACAAGCUUAGCUCGGCGGGAAGAGAUAAGAAACCAUGCCAUAGUAGCUCUUCAGAGAAGCUUCACACUAGCUGAUGAACUAGAUUUCACGUCAGUGAGCUGUAUCAACUGUUUUAACCUUGUGAUUUUUGCAAUGGUUGAUGAUCUACAUGAAAAGAUGGUGGAAUACUCAAGAAGGGACAACUUGGAGAGGGAGGUGAGAAGUAUGGAGGGGACUUUAAAGAUUGCAAUGGAGCUCUUGACGGAUGUGUUCCUGCAGUUCUUGAAACCACUGACGGAAAAUUCAGGUUUCAGGACAUUCUGGUUAGGAGUGUUGAGAAGAAUGGAUACUUGCAUGAAAGCUGAUUUGGGAGGAUAUGGUGAAACCACAUUGCAAGAACUAAUCCCAGAUUUGUUGAGAAAGAUGAUCACAAUUAUGAAAGAAAAGCAGAUUUUGGUCCAGAAGGAAGGUGAAGAUUUAUGGGAGAUUACCUACAUUCAGAUACAGUGGAUAGCCCCUUCACUCAAAGACGAGCUAUUCCCCGAUGAAGACCUGUAGAGGAAAUUGGAUGAAAGGGUAGUUUUGUUAGUUUUAAGAAUAGUAAUCCCAACAGAUUAAGUCAUUUUCCCUUUCCUUUUUCUGUCUGUAUACUUUUUCCUAGAAGAAAUCCAUCCAUUAGCCCUGAGGUUGCAUCUAUUAAUAGGACCAUGUUCUUGUUCCAUGAGGGCAUUUUCAUUACAGAGAUUCUGAUGUGUUUCCUCCAAGAUAAGAAAUCUCAUUGUUAGGUUUAAUAUCAUUUCAUAGGUUGGAACUUGAAUUUGUGUAUCUGUCUGCAGAAAGAGUCUGCAAUCAAUCAUUCACAUUCCACCACCAACUGAGAUUCAUGUAUUCCAGAAGAGUAGGCUUUCAACUUUCAAGGAUGUGUGUAAUGAAACAGAAUUAUGACUUCAUGCCUACUGGUUUGCACUAGAAAUGAUCAUUUCUGAAAUUUGCUAA